AUGGCUAACAUAACCAAACUCAUACCCACCACCUACGUCAUUUGGAAACUCCAAGUUCAUGCGCUCAUCAAUGGACAUGGACUUGCUGGUUAUCUCGAUGGAUCCACUGAGAUCCCGCCGGCUACGGUCACCGUUGGUGAUGCUGUUUCUCCCAAUCCGGCUCUUCUCCAUUGGAAGCGUCAAGACAAGCUGCUUUACAGUGCUCUCCUUGGAUCUGUCACUCCCACCGUCCAGUCUGCUCUCUCCCGAACCACUACUUCGGCCGAGAUCUGGAAAAAUCUUGCUGAUACUUACGCUAAACCAAACAGGGGUCAUGCGCGCCAGUUACGAGAUCAGUUGAAACUCAUUGCUAAAGGAACCAACACCAUUGAUGAGUACUUACAUUGUCUCACGACACGUUUUGAUGCUCUCGCAAAUCUGGACAGUCCCAUCGAACAUGAGGACCAGAUUGAGAAGAUCCUCGAUGGCCUUCCCGACGAGUAUCGUCCUAUUGUUGACCAGGUGGCUGCACGUGAUACUUCUCCUACCAUCACCUAUGUUCAUGAACGUUUGCUCAAUCAUGAAGGCAAGCUUCUCUCUAAGGCUACUCCACCGACGUUUCCUGUUACGGCGAAUGUUGCUACCAAUCGUCCUCGUCAACAAUCUCGUGGUGGUCACAACAACAACAACAAGCGGUCCUCCCAUCACUCCUCUGGCUCCAACUAUGGGGGUGUGUCUCCCCAUCAGUUCCAUCAGCCGCUGUCCACUGGUGAGUCUCGAGGUUACAAAGGUCGGUGCCAAAUCUGUUACACUCACGGACAUAGUGCGAGGUGGUGUCCGCAGUUUCAGUCUCGUGCUACCUCCUCACCACAAAGCAGUCCUUUCCGUCCGUGGCAACCACGGGCUAAUGUUGCUUUAGGCUCUCCCUAUGAUCCGAACCCUUGGAUCCCUGACAGUGGUGCUAAGCAUCACAUGACGUCGGAUUUGGCGAACCUCUCUGCUCACGCACCGUACACAGGUGGGGAGGAUGUUGUUGUUGCCAAUGGGUCUCCAUUGGCUAUUUCUCAUACUGGUUCCAAACUUCUUCCCUCUCGCUCCCGUGAUCUUCUUUUGAAUAAAAUUUUGUGUGUCCCUGACAUUCAUAAGAACUUGAUCUCUGUAUACCGGCUAUGCAAUGCUAAUGGUGUCUCUGUUGCAUUUUAUCCUGCCUUCUUUCAGGUGAAGGAUCUCAGUAUGGGGGUUCUACUUCUUCAGGGCCGCACCAAGGAUGAAUUGUAUGAGUGGCCAUUUUGCCGCACCAAAUGA